AUGGAAACAUCAGUUUAUUCUCAUGCCCUUAAAUUAUGGGAAAAUGCUGAUUUAACUUCGUUACAGAAGAAUUUAGAUUCUGACGUGUUGGAUAUCAAAGAAACAGAGAGUGUUUUCCUUGAUUCUAGAAAAAGUUUGGCUACAGAAACUAAAAAAUUCAAAAAGCUAGAAAAUGAUGAGAAAUUGUCACAAAUGAAUAAAUUGAUUAAGCAGUAUCAACAAGAAAUUGAUAGUUUAACCAAACGUUCUAAAAGAUCUGAGUCAAUCUUGUUCAAUGUGUAUGCUAGAUUGUCAGAAACCCCAGAUCCAAAACCUUUAUUGCAAAAUUCCAUUGAGAAAUUUUCUAAUGUAGAAGAUUCGAAAGAAUUGAAAGAACAAGUGGAAUCUUUACAAGAUAAAUUGGCAAAAUAUGCUGAUUAUGAGAGUAUUAAAUCGAGGUUACUUGACUUGGAGCAAAGCUCGGCUGUGGUGCUAACAAAGAGAUUAACUGCUCAGGAGAAAGAACUAACAUCAGUUUGGGAAGCUAAGAAGAAAAAUUGGGAAGAAAAGGAAUCUGAAUAUACAAAGCAACUUCAAACUCUGAAACAAAAUAACAAAGUUCUUGAAUUAAAAGUUUCUAAACAAGUUGAUAUUGAUGGUGCUGAUGAUAAUGAAGAGGCAGAUGGUGAGGAAAAUAAUAAAUUUGUAAACAUAACUGAAAAUAAUUUCUUAGUUGAAGAAUUAAACUCUGCACAAUCAAGGAUCUUUCAAUUGGAGAAACGAAAUGAAGAGCUAACAGCCUCCCUUGCUGAAGUUACAAAUGAAGCUAAAAAGGAAUCAGAUCUAAUAGAAAAACAAAGAAAAAUUUCACAAUUGGAAAGUGAGAAUGCGUUAUUGUCAGCUUCAUUUGAACGUGAACGUAUUGCUCAAGAAAAAAUUAAAACGACAUUAUCCGAUCAACUAUCUACAUCUAAAGUUGAAUUGGCUUCAUAUAAAACUGAAUUAGAGAAUGUUAGAAGGAAGCUGAAUAAUUAUUCCGAUUAUGCUAAACUUAAGGAUGAACUUACUGCCCUAAAGAAGAUCGAAUUUGGUGUAGAUGAUGUUAAUUCAGAUGAAGAUGAUAUGGAUAGUAAUUCUAGUGUUGAUAAUAAAAUGGAGACUACUUUGAUAACAGCUAAUAAGAAACUUCAAUCUAAUUUAGCAAUUUUACGUUCUAAAGAUACUGAACAAAAAGAAGAAAUAGCUAGAUUACAAAAGGAGUUACAAAGCUUAACCUUGAAGGUUGAGGAACUAGAUAAAACGAACCAAAAACUAGAAAGAGAUCUUGAGGCAGUUGAGGAUAUUGAUCAGAAAUUUAAUGAUACAGCAAGUAUGAUGUCUGGUGUAACAAGACAGAUGAAUAAUAGGGGCGGGGCUACCGGUAGGUUAUCUCCAACAAGUUCAAUAAUCGGCAUACCAGAAGAAUCUGAAUUACCAUCUUCAUUAAUGACCAAUAGUUCAAGUAUUCUACCGAUCGUCACUAAACAAAGGGAUAGAUUCCGUAUAAAGAACAUAGAGUUAGAAAAGCAAAUCAGACAAGUAAAUAAUGAGAAAGGAAAAUUACAAUCUGAUAUUAAUAAGUUACAUGGUGAUUAUCAAAAAUUAACUGAACGUCUACGCCAUAUAUCAAGUUUGGAUAGCAGUUCAAGUAAGAUUAAUUCUUUAUCAGAGUUUGAUGCCGAGGCUCAGUUUUCAAGGUCAUACGACAAAUCAUACAACCCACUAAUAGAUUAUAAAAAGAAAGAUUCUGGAUACUAUAAGAUCAAUAGACUGCCGUUCACAGAAAGAAUUUUUAUGAAAUUUGCAGAAGUUGUAGGAUCAUCAAAAGCUUCUAGAAUGGUAUUUGUUUUCUAUUCACUAGGUGUACAUGGUAUAUUGCUAUUAUUGCUUAUAGCCAUCGGCAACAGUGGCGGUUAUUCAAAUACAUCAAGUGCAUCUAUAGCACAUAGUGAAGCAUUAGCUGCAACUUCUCAACUAGGAGCUAUUGCAGAAAAAUUAAAUGAUGUUUCAUCAUCUGGAGUAAAGGUAGGUAACAAUUAG